AUGUACUUGUUCUGGCUAAUAUUUAUCCUGGCGAAGGCGCUGCUUUUAACUUUCACCAUUCCCGGCUGCUCCCAGAAGAAAAGCAAAACAUCUCCAAACGGGACGGUCGAGAAGAGCGGACACCCCUCGUCCUCCUCGCAGACGUCGACCGAGCCCUCAAAUAAGGCGAUGAAGAGCUCGAAUAAAGAGUCGGGCUCGCAGAGGGCCAAGGGGACCAACCCUCCGCCGCCCGAGAAACCGAUACCACCCACGGCGAAGGAGCCGCACAAGAGCGGGAAGGGCGACUCGAAAGACCCGGACAGCACGCUGAAAGGGGCAAAGACAGCCGAGGAAGAUGUGAUCGAAGCGGCCGAUCGGGCACGAACCGACAAAGCGACAGGCAAGCUGAUGGCCGAGCUCGCCCAGCAGCGCUCGGGCUCAAAAAUGAAGAGCAAGGAGCCGAAGCUGUACACGGCCGACGGGACGACGGGCGACGACCAGAACAUUGAAGAGAAGCAGACGCAGACCGACGGCAAGAACUCGGUGAAGGCCGACGAGACUGGCAAGAAGACGGUGCCGAUCAAAGCAUAUGAUGGUGACCUCGAGAUUGCGCCCAAGUUCCUGCGCUGGGAGAAGAAGGUGUGCACCCAGACGCUGACCAUCUACAACAAGAAGGGUGCCGCCAAACAUGUCGUCAAGCUCAAGUGCUCCGACAAUGUCAACUUCAAGGUCACCCCCGUACACAUGGUCAUCGACGCCGGGGCGCAUAUCGACGUGUCGGUGACGCCGCGCGAGCCGUGCGUAAAGGCCAACAAGCUCGUCGUCGAGGAGAUCGACCUCGAGCCGACGGACGUUCGCCCCAAGGGAUCCGCCGAAAUUGCCGAGGUAUUCAAGAAGGACCGCUCGAAGGUGCGCUGCGCCGUCGUGCCCCUCCUCGGCUCCGACGACAGCGGCAAGGGCGCCGAA